AUGGACAAAAAACAACAGGACAACCGUUUUAAGCGCGAUGCGCGAUUUGCGUCUGUCAAGCACAGGGGUGGGAACAAAAUGGACGAACGUUUUAAGAAGACGCUUUUGAGUGGAAGAUUCAACCAGAAGUCAGUCAAUAAGUAUGGUCAGAUAGAGGAAGACUCCUCAACUGUGAAUGUGCUUAAGGACCAGUUUGAUAUGACUCCAAAAGAAGUAGAAGAGAUGAAAAAGAAGUUGGAUGAGCAACAAGAAGGCAGUGAGCAUGAGGACAUGGAAAUAGAGAAGAAAGGAGUCGAAGAGAAUGCGAGUGAAGAAGACGAAGAGGUAGAGAUGGAGCCUGGUGUGAUGGAAAGUUUUAAAGAGGAAGAAAGGAUACCAAAAGGGCAGUGCACACGACGAGUUGGGAUAGUUGGAUGUGAUUGGGAUGAUCUUAGUGCACAAGAACUGUUUGCGUUGUUAAGUGCGAAUCUUCCUCCGACUGGUAAAUUGUUAAGUGUAGGGAUAUAUCCUUCUCAAUUUGGAAUAGAGAGGAUGGCACGAGAAGAAGAAGAGGGAUUACCAAAGGAUUUAUGGAAAGGUAAUGUCGAAGAAGUCGUCGAAGUGAUUGAAGACAAAAAUUUAUUAGAUCCAAAUUAUAAGCCAGUCUUCACUGUCGCUUCGGACGAUAAAAUAACAGAGGUGAACCCAAUUCUCGAAGUCAAAGAUGAAGAAAUGAAAAGUGACAGCGAAGAAGAUAAUGAUGAAGACUUGGGACUUCGACCAAUUGCUCAAGAAAUGAAGACGGCUUCGUCAGGAGAGAAAAAUCCAAUCAAAUUUAUGGACCGCGAAAAACUCGGCGUCUACGACAACGAAAGAAAAAAGUACUACUUUGGUGUUGCCACGUUCGACUCUGCACAAACGGCGAAUGACGUCUAUGAAAUGGUCGACGGAAAUGAUUUGGAGUUCUGCGAGUUUAAUUUGGAUCUGAGAUUCUUACCAGACGACCUCGAAUUGCCGUACGAAGCGACAGAUUACUGCGAUAAGCUUGAAAAACUGAUUUCUAGAGAGGGAAGAACACGAAAGGGACACAGCCACAUCAUGUGGGACUCUAAUGAUAAUCGUAGAAUUAUCGCACUGAACAAAAAUUGGAUGGACGAAGAUGAGGCCGACGUCUUAGCCCAUGAGGAGAUGUAUAAAGAGUACAUUGAGCACUCAAGUGAUUACGAAAACUCUAACGAAACAUCCGAAGAAGGUGACAAUCAAAUGUCUGAAGAUGAAGAAGGGAAUGACAAUGGCGAAGAGACAGAAAGUGCACAACAGAAAGUUCAAAACAAGAAGAAAAUAAAGAAAGAGAGUUCGAGUAAUGACUCUGAAGACUCUUCAAAGAGCGACGAGUCGAAUGAAGAGAGUGAUGAAAGACCAAAGAAAGAAAGCAAACCAAUUAAGAAGUUUUCUUCAUUGCUUGAGCCAACUAAGAAGUCGAAGAAACAUAAAGACGAGUCCGAUGUUAUUCGAAAGAAGUACGAAAUAUUGUUAGGAGAGAACAUUGGAGAGGAAGGCGAAAACGCAGAAGGAGAACACGUGAUGAAAUUCUACACCGACGCUGAAGUUGAGAAACCAAAGAAAGACUUGAAGAAAGAGCGUCGUGAAAAGGAGAAACAAAAGGAAGAACUUGAAUUGUUGAUGAUGGACGAUUUACAAGAAAACGAAGAGAAGAAGAAAGGAAAGCGUUUGGAGGAGACCGAAGACUCGAAAAAGCCAAAGAGAAAAGACAAGUUGAAAAAGAAGUCGAAGAAAGAGAAGAUGGACACUGGGUUUAAGAUUGAUACUACAGAUGAUAGAUUCAAGAAGGUCCUUAACUCUAAUGACUUUGAAAUCGAUGUCACAAAUCCAGAGUAUAUGGCUACAAGAGGUAUGAAAGAACUCGUUAAAGAGAAGCACAAAGCAUUCGAUAAGAAGAACAAAGAGUUCAAGAAACAAACAAAAAAGGAAGACAAAUAA